GUGCAAUAAAACCAUGAAUCUUCUACAAUGGAGGAUCCCGCACUGCAGGAAUUUGACUGAGAGGAAUAGCUGACUUUCCACUUGGAUCGGCCUAGCCUGUGAUUGUUUUGGAGCUGUGCAUUGGGCAGGCGGAGCCAACACGAAGGAUAUGAUGUUCAGCCUGAAUGCUCCCCAAAGUGAGGGUUAUGUCCAAGAGCUCUUCCAUGAGGAAGCACAGCAGGUAUCUCAAACAGAGACCAAGCCCUGGUGGAAGAUCCAGCUGUUUGUAUGGGAGCCGGUGCUUUUUGGAACAUGGGAUGGCGUCUUCACCUCCUGCAUGAUCAACAUUUUUGGAGUGGUUCUUUUCCUGAGGACAGGAUGGCUCGUGGGAAACACUGGCAUUGUAAUGGGCAUGUUUCUGGUGUCCUUUGUCAUCCUGGUUGCCCUGGUGACGGUUUUGUCUGGAAUUGGAGUGUGUGAAAAGUGCAGCAUUGGAAGUGGAGGAGUCUACUCCAUGAUUUCUACUGUCCUUGGAGGUCAAAUAGCGGGGACCAUUGGCAUCCUUUACAUUUUUGGCCAGUGUGUUGCAGGUGCCAUGUACAUCACUGGCUUUGCAGAGUCCAUUGCAGAUGUCCUGAGCCUCAGCAACAUCUGGGCAGUGCGUGGGAUCUCCCUGGCUGUCCUGUUUGGCCUGCAGGGGAUCAACCUGGCUGGGGUGAAAUGGAUCAUCAGGCUCCAGCUCCUGCUGCUCUUCCUGCUGGCUGUUUCAACACUGGACUUUGUCAUUGGGUCCUUUACACACCUUGAUCCAGAGAACGGCUUCGUCGGCUACUCCGCAGAGCUGAUGUCCAACAACACGCUGCCAGACUACAGCCAGGGGGAGUCCUUCUUCACAGUUUUUGGAGUGUUUUUCCCAGCUGCCACAGGUGUGAUGGUUGGGUUCGACAUGAGUAGAGAUCUCCGGAAUCCUCCCACCAACAUCCCUCUGGGGUCUUUGGCUGCUAUUGGCACCUCGUGGUUUCUGUACAUGGUCUUUGUUUUUUUGCUGGGAGCCAUUUGUACCCGUCAGUCACUGCGCUAUGACUUCAUGAUAGCAGAGAAGGUAUCCUUGGUGGGUUUUUUGUUUUUGCUAGGGCUGUACAUCUCAUCCCUGGCCUCCUGCAUGGGAGGGCUGUAUGGAGCACCGAGGAUCCUGCAGUGCAUUGCCCAGGAGAAUGUGAUCCCUAUGCUCACCUUCCUUGGACAUGGGAAAGGCCCCAACAAGACUCCAGUGGCUGCGAUUUUCUUAACAAGUUUCAUCACUAUGGCUUUUGUCUUCAUUGGGCAAGUAAAUGUUCUUGCUCCCAUAGUCACCAUCAACUACAUGUUGACAUAUACUGCUGUAGACUAUUGCUAUUUCUCUGUCUCCUUGAGCCACAACAUUCAGCAGAAGCCUGAUGAGACCCAGAUGGGAACUGCUAGACCUGCUCACUCUUCCCAGCCUUUAAUUUUCAACAAGCCCUCAAGCCGUGCAGCAGAUGGAGUAACUCAAAGCAGAUCAAAUGGCACCUUGCUGGAGUUCAAAAAAGACAUGGACCAGAUUUUUAAACCAUUUUGUAGUGAGCCAGGUACUUGCAAAAAAGAAGGAGCUGAGAAUUUAACCCGAAAGGCCAAACAAAAGGCGAAGAAGCCAGCCAAGCAGACAUUACAAGACAGCUUUCUCCUGGAUCUCCAUCACGAUGCUGCCCCAGCUCAGUACAGCUGGGAUGAGACCACGGAGCCCCACGGCGAGAGCCAGCGGGACCUGGAUGAGCAGGGCUGUCAGAGUGAUGCAGAAACAUCUAUAAAGCAACAAAAUCCAGAGCUGGGAAUUCAGCAAAUACCAGAAGCCUUCUACUCCAGAUUUUUCAGUCACUGGGUGUCCUUUGCUGUUGCAAUUGUGUCCCUCAUCAUAACGUUUGUCAUUCAGUGGAUCUACACCCUGGUCAGCCUGGGUGCAGCAGUUAUUCUGUAUUUCUACAUUGGCAAAGUGAGCCCAGGACUUCCCCUUGGAGCAGCAGCAAAUUUCAGUUUCUUUGGCUGGAUUAAGUCGGUUUUGAUCGCUUUGUGCAGGAGAAGGCCAUCUCCCAAGGAGCAGAUUGUAGUGACACCGUCCUUUGCAACAGUUGGCAUGGAGACCAGGCAGCUCACCGAGGAGAACGCUGACUUCGCCUCGCGGGACCGCUAUCACCAGUCCUCGCUCAUCAGCAGAGAGGAAUUUGGAAACCAAUUCCAGUGAAGGACACACACAAAAAAAAUCAAUCCAUUACUUCAAAAAGCAUUUAGAAGUGCUAAUGGGUGCCGCGGUGCCUUGUGAAAUACUUGAAUUUAUGCAUAAAGAAUGUGAAUAGUUAUUUAUGUAUUUGAAGCUUGUUUGUUUAUGCAAACUACAACAUUGCUGGGCUUCAAAUCUUACCCAAACUGAGGGAAAAAUUGGAAAUGAAAGGGCUAGUCCAAGGGAGUGAUGAGUUUCUGAGGACAAUAUAACUGUUUAAAAGAAUUCAAUUAUAAGCCCUAUUGAGGUCUAAAGACCAUUGCCACUAUAAAAGCUUAUAACACCCCAUUUCGGAUGUCCUCUGGGUGACUAGGGACACUUUGUGCCUGGGAGUGGUGACCUCGGCAGCAGGAGCCAGCACCCCACUCCCAGCUGUGCCACAGAUAGAUGCGACCUUCCAGGUCAAUUCACUUCUCCCCUUGGCAUGAACUUCCCUGCUUGUAAUACAGUAAUUUUCUACCUCAGCAUUUCAAUUACCAAGGUCUUAGAAAGUACUUUAAGGCAUUAGACAAUAGGCCAGAAUCAGUGGCAAGUGCAAGAAGAUUAUGAAGUGUAUUCACAACUGAAAUUGCACAUUUAAAUCCCGUAAUGCAGAAUAAUGACCUCUUCCCUGUAACUGUGAGAUGAUGUCUUAGAAGCUGCUCAUAGUAUUUGCCACAUGCUUGCUGAUAUGAAACCUAAGACCGGACAACAUAACUGCGCCCAUAUAGAGCAUCUCCUGGCUGAAGGGGUAGAUGAUUCAGAAGUGCUUUAACAAAAUAAGUUUAGCCUCAUCUUUGCUUAUUUUGCUUAAAGUCCAUCCCACAGUAUGCUCCCACAAUGAGCCGUUUCUCCUGCUGCCAUGAUUUGGGAUGUGGGAAGUUCAGCUGAAGGUGCUGCAGGAUUUACAAAACACAGGGUUGAUGGGCAGUGUCUGUGGGGGGAGUGAGAUUUUAUCUGGACCUCUCAUCACUGUUGCUUCUUCUCCUCAGGGAAAAAACCCUCCACUGAGCACUGUCCUGCCUACAGGCAGCCAUCCUGGCAGGGACCCACACAGGCAUGAGCGAGGGUUCUGGGCUGAGGCAAGCUCCAGCAACACCCAUCACUUGUGUAAUAUUGUUGUAACUUGGCAUUUACAAGGAGAGGGAAAUCACUGCCUUUCGCUUUGUUUCAUCUCUGAUCAUUUCAGCCUUUAGAUUAUUUAUUUCUCCUUCUGUGCAAUAAAACCUUGAGAUGCCA